GUGUCCAAGAUCGCAGCGCUCUGAGCGCUCGGCUCGCCCAACUCGCAGCCAGUCGGCGGCGCUCCCGCCUACAGAGCGCAGCCUCUGCCGGGACCAGCGGCGACCAGCUCCGGAUCAGCCCGCGACACACUCUGGACCAACCCAGGACCGGUCCGAGACCCACUUCGGACCAAGCAGGGACCCGCCCCACUACUCACUCAGACCUGCUCCUUCCUUCCAGGCUUCUCGCCACCCAGCGCCGCGCGCUCCUCGGAACGCAGUGCCACCCGCCCAGAGGACAGGAUGGAUUGGGGCACGCUACAGACUAUCCUCGGGGGUGUCAACAAACACUCCACCAGCAUCGGGAAAAUAUGGCUCACUGUGCUGUUCAUUUUCCGCAUCAUGAUCCUCGUGGUGGCUGCAAAAGAGGUGUGGGGAGAUGAGCAAGCCGACUUUGUGUGCAACACUCUCCAGCCGGGAUGUAAGAAUGUGUGCUACGACCACUACUUCCCCAUCUCUCACAUCCGGCUCUGGGCCCUGCAGCUCAUCUUCGUGUCCACGCCAGCCCUCCUGGUGGCCAUGCAUGUGGCCUACAGGAGACAUGAAAAGAAGCGCAAGUUCAUGAAGGGAGAGAUAAAGAAUGAGUUUAAGGACAUCGAAGAGAUCAAAACCCAGAAGGUCCGUAUUGAAGGUUCCCUGUGGUGGACCUACACCACCAGCAUCUUCUUCCGGGUCAUCUUCGAAGCUGUCUUCAUGUAUGUCUUUUACAUCAUGUACAAUGGCUUCUUCAUGCAGCGUCUGGUGAAAUGCAAUGCUUGGCCUUGUCCUAAUACGGUGGACUGCUUCAUUUCCAGGCCCACAGAAAAGACUGUCUUCACAGUGUUCAUGAUUGCCGUAUCUGCAAUUUGCAUCCUGCUAAAUAUCACAGAAUUGUGCUAUUUGUUCAUUAGAUUUUGUUCAGGAAAGUCAAAAAGACCAGUGUAAUGCAUUGCCUGGCUCCUAGAGCAAAGAUUGAGGAAGGAUGAGGUAGCCUGUCCUUAGCUGUCAAAGCUUAGCUACCAACAUUUCCCAAGGCAGAUAGUCCCAUCUUAAAUGCCACCAAUCGAAGUCCCUGCAGGCCUCACAUGAAACUCCAGAGGCCUUCAUGGGACUCCCUUCCCCCAAGGCUCCCAAACAAAGGCCCAAUUCUAUGCCUGUAUUAAUGGGUUCUAAAGUCAGUUCCACUGAGACCCCGUGCUGGUAGCGACUAUUCUUGUAGGAUACAUUCACAGUUUAAACAAAGGAUCUCACAUUGUUUCUCUUUCUCUGAGGACAGGAGAGAUGAGCCUAGGCCUGAGGAAGGUGCCCAGAAAGUUCACUGUGCAUCCCUCAGGGCACCCUUCCCCAAGAUGCCCCCAGUUAAAGGUAAAGAAUCUCCAUUCUGCUAUUUGCUUUGAUAGUCUAAGUCUGCAAUAAUGGACAAAGGUAUUUAAUGCUUCAAGCAAUGCAUACUUCUUUUUUUUAAUGAAAGCCUUAAGAUAAGAUAGGUUCUUUUCUUCUCAAAAUGAUCUGGACACCAUUUUACAUUCCUCCGAUUUCAAAGGUUCAGUUUGGGGUAUGAACAUGGUGUGUAACCAGAUCUCAUAGGGUCUUUAAAGCACUGGCCUUUUGGUUAUUAGAAAUCUGCAGUGUGGCUGAGAGGUCACCUAUGUAUUCAUCAUCGGUGUGUUGAAUACAGUCCGUCAACAUUACAACCUGUCUCAAAUGAGACAGACUGGAAGCUUUUAUUGCUGGCUUCUGACCAGAAGAAGCCUCAAUUAAAAAACUCAAGUGUCAUUUGGCAUAAGAGACAGAUAGGAGGAUAUGCCAACUGCUGCCACCUGCUAUGAGCCUAACCCAGCCUCUCCCUCCCUCCUGACAUUUGCCUACUCUGUAGCUGUGGGAUGUGGCCACCAGCAUCAGAGGACAUUGACUUCAUGAGUUCGUUUGGGAAUUUCACUGCCAUAAUACAACUUAAUGGUGCAGAAACCAAAAGGGGUGGAGGCAGGGGGUUAACUAUUUUCAAAGAACCAAUGGAACUUCUAGACUCUAAAUUCUGUUGAUUAAACCUGAGUUUUUGUAUUAUGAAAGCCUGCUUGCUUCCCUCUUCAGCACUGGCUUUCUUAACUGGAAACAGGAAUAUGGAUAUUUGGAAAAACAGAAACUAGAGUUUAGAUCACUAUGUAAUUCUUCUAGGGCAAGUUGAACCUUAGCAUUGUCGUUAUGCUUAAUGUGUUUCCCACAAGAUGGCACUCAGCAACUCCAACAGAGGACACUUCUUAUUGUCAAGAAUAGCAUUGGGAAGCUAUUUUGUAACAAUAAAUAAGAGUUAUGGUUUCAUGCUUGUCACUAAAAUAAUUUUGUAAACUCUUAAAUAUCAUUUAUUAAAAAGUGAUUAUUUUGUAUACUUUAAAA